CAAAGGCCCAAACUUUGAAUCAUCAGUCAUCAUCACUAUCAAUCACAGUUACAAACACACACUCUCUCUCUCUAGAACUGCACGGACAACGACAUGCUUUUAAUUUCCAUGCAAAUCCCUCCUUUCUUCUCAAGAACAUUUUGAAACUCACUUGUCUUCUCUCAUCAUCAAUGGUGGCCGGUAAAGUCCGUGUGACCAUGGGGUUUCACAAAUCUCCUUCAACCAAACCAAAAGACAUGCCAACUCCUCUCCCCCUUCCUCUUCCCCCUCCGCCUCCUCACCUGCUUAAACCGUCUUCCGGUUCUGCCGCUAAACCGGUUUCUAAUCAAAAACCCGGUUUCGCUCGCUACUUCCCACGCGCUUCCGCUCAAGUACACAAUGCUUCCUCUCGUUCCGACCAAACCGCCAUCAUCUCCGAGCUUCGUCGUCACGUGGAGGAGCUUCUCUCUCGAGAAGCUAAGCUAAAGACGGAGCUCCUCGAGCUGAAGCUACUCAGAGAGUCCGUCUCCGUCAUCCCGUCACUCGAGUCGCGGAUCGCUGACAAGAACGGCGAGAUCGAGCGUUCGAGGAGAGAGACGGCGAGGUUAACGGAGGAUAACGAGAGGUUACGGCGUGAAGUCGAAAGGAGCGAGAGGAGAGAGAAGGAGAUGGAGGCGGAGCUACGGAGACUCGUUUCGUCGAGUGAAGACCACGCGCUGCUCUCCGUCUCUCAGAGGUUUCAGGGUUUAACGGAUCUGUCGGCGAGAUCCAGUCUAAUCCGGAGCUUGAAACGGGUCGAAUCCAUGAGGAACUUACCCGACCCGGUUCCGAACCAAGAAAACAACAACAACAAAACCGGUUCUUCCGGUGACAUUUACCGGAAAGAAGAGGUCGAGAGUCACUCUAUAACUAACUCGGAUGACCUCACCGUUAGAUCUAGGGUUCCUAGAGUCCCGAAACCACCGCCUAAACGGUCUUCUUCAUCCAACGGCUCACACGAUUCCACGGAGAAUAUACCAGAUCCGCCGCCGCAGAGAACGACUCCACCUCCUCCUCCGCCUACACCUCCACCUCUUUUUCAACCACCACCACUACCUACUCCGUCGGUUACCAAAGCCCCGCCUCCGCCUCCACCACCGCCUCCGCCGAAGAGUUUAAACAUAGCGUCGGCGAAAGUAAGAAGAGUACCGGAAGUUGUCGAGUUCUACCACUCGUUGAUGCGAAGAGACUCCACGAACUCGAGAAGAGAUUCCACCGGCGCCGCCGCGGAGGUAGUAGUCGCUAGCUCCAACGCCAGAGACAUGAUCGGAGAAAUCGAAAACCGAUCGGUUUAUCUACUAGCGAUUAAAACCGACGUGGAGACGCAAGGAGACUUCAUAAGAUUCUUAAUCAAGGAGGUCGAAAACGCAGCGUUUUCGGAUAUAGAAGACGUGGUGCCAUUCGUGAAAUGGCUCGACGACGAACUCUCUUACCUGGUCGACGAGAGAGCAGUGCUUAAACAGUUCGAGUGGCCGGAGCAAAAAGCAGACGCUUUGCGUGAAGCGGCGUUUUGUUACUUCGAUCUGAAGAAACUCAUAUCGGAAGCUUCUCGUUUCCGGGAAGAUCCUCGUCAGCCUUCUUGCUCUGCUCUCAAGAAAAUGCAAGCUUUGUUCGAAAAGUUAGAGCACGGUGUUUAUAGUCUGUCGAGGAUGAAGGAAUCAGCUGCGACAAAGUUCAAGACUUUCCAGAUUCCGGUUGAUUGGAUGCUCGAAACCGGCAUUACUAGUCAGAUUAAAUUGGCAUCUGUGAAACUAGCAAUGAAGUAUAUGAAGAGAGUUUCAGCAGAGCUUGAAGUCAUUGGAGGCGGUGGCCCUGAAGAGGAAGAGCUUAUCGUUCAAGGUGUUCGAUUUGCAUUCCGUGUUCAUCAGUUCGCAGGAGGAUUUGAUGCAGAGACAAUGAGGGCGUUUCAAGAGCUAAGAGACAAAGCGAGAUCAUGUCAUAUUCAAUGUCAAAGUCAAACACAUCAACAUAAGCUUGUUUUUCGAUCUACCCCUUGCUGAAGCAAUCUUAGCUUCAUAUGACAUGAUCUAAGAAUGGUAUCUAUUUAUUAAAUUCGUUUUUGUUUUGUUCUAAGACAGAUAAAUCAUGUGAAUAUGCGAGACUCCUUUUGCUGUGAAAACAAAGGAUCAUUAUUCAAAUCCAAAACCAUCGUAUCAAUAUGUACUGAUGAUAAUAUAAGAAAAAAGCUUCACAAACA